ACCCGGUAAUUUGGCACUCCACCUGGUCACACUGGACUAAACAGUUGACUUGGAGCUGACUUAAUAAUUAUUUUUUAAGUUUUUGUUUAAAUGGGGCCGCCAAAAAAGUCCAAAAAGGAUCGCAGUGGUGGCGAAAAGUUCGCCAAAAAGCGGCGUGAGGAUGAGGCCUAUGCCCAACUUGUGGAUGAAAGUGAGACAAACGACAGCGUAGAUGUUACAGAAUCGGACGGAGUUCCAGGAGCGGCGUCCAAAAACGCGGAGACAAACGAUGAACAGAUAAAUACUGACGAGUAUGGGGCCAAGGAUUACCGGGCACAGAUGCAACUGCGCCAGGAUCACGGAAAUCGUCCGCUCUGGGUGGCACCCAACGGCCACGUUUUCCUGGAGUCCUUCUCGCCGGUCUACAAGCACGCCCACGAUUUUCUAAUUGCCAUAUCAGAGCCGGUGUGCCGCCCGGAACAUAUCCACGAGUACAAACUGACUGCAUACAGUUUGUAUGCAGCUGUGUCGGUGGGCCUGCAGACUCAUGACAUUAUUGAAUACCUGAAACGGCUGAGCAAAACCAGCAUUCCCGAGGGCAUUCUAGAGUUUAUUCGGCUGUGUACCUUAUCCUACGGAAAGGUUAAGCUAGUGCUCAAGCACAACAAGUACUUCAUAGAGUCUCCCCAUCCGGAAGUAUUACAAAAGCUUCUUAAAGAUCCUGUCAUCCAGAAAUGUCGCCUCAUUCGCAGCGAGGGGGAGGGAUUUAUUCAGGGCACUAUGGAUGGCAAGGCCAUCACUCAGUUUGGCACUAAGCUACCACCGUCUAGUGGGGCCGACAAGCCACCAGAGGAUCCAAACGCACCAGCCCCUUCAGGCGCCGACGGCGCUACUGUGGUGCCCGAGGAUAUCACGGACUUCUACGAGAAGAUUGACAAAGAAGAAGAGGACGAGGAUGAAGCCAACCUUAAGACGGUUUCUUUUGAAGUGGCCCAGGAGAAAAUCGAAGUAAUCCAGAAGCGCUGCAUUGAAAUCGAGCAUCCGUUGCUGGCAGAAUACGAUUUUCGUAACGACACUAACAACCCGGACAUUAAUAUAGACCUCAAGCCGGCUGCAGUUCUGAGACCCUAUCAGGAGAAGAGUCUGCGCAAGAUGUUCGGCAAUGGAAGAGCCCGAUCGGGGGUUAUUGUGUUGCCUUGUGGUGCUGGAAAAUCUCUCGUGGGAGUAACCGCAUGCUGUACCGUUCGCAAGAGGGCUCUGGUGUUAUGCAACAGCGGUGUGUCCGUGGAGCAGUGGAAGCAGCAGUUCAAAAUGUGGUCCACAGCCGACGAUAGCAUGAUCUGCAGAUUCACAUCUGAGGCAAAAGACAAACCAAUGGGAUGUGGUAUUCUUGUGACCACCUACUCCAUGAUCACACACACCCAGAAGAGAUCUUGGGAGGCGGAGCAGACGAUGCGAUGGCUGCAGGAGCAAGAAUGGGGCAUCAUGGUGUUGGAUGAAGUGCACACCAUUCCCGCCAAGAUGUUCCGUCGCGUGUUAACCAUCGUGCAAUCGCACUGCAAGUUGGGAUUGACUGCUACCCUGCUACGUGAGGAUGACAAGAUCGCAGAUCUCAAUUUCCUGAUCGGACCGAAGCUAUACGAAGCCAACUGGUUGGAAUUACAGAAGAAGGGCUUCAUUGCCAGAGUGCAGUGCGCGGAGGUAUGGUGCCCAAUGGCGCCAGAAUUCUACCGCGAGUAUCUGACCACCAAGACCUCCAAGAAGAUGCUUCUCUAUGUGAUGAAUCCCUCCAAAUUCCGCAGCUGUCAGUUCCUUAUCAAAUACCACGAGCAGCGUGGGGAUAAAACCAUUGUGUUUUCUGAUAACGUUUUCGCCCUCAAGCAUUAUGCUAUCAAGAUGAACAAGCCCUUCAUUUAUGGACCCACUUCCCAGAAUGAACGUAUCCAGAUUCUCCAAAAUUUCAAAUUCAACUCUAAGGUGAACACCAUUUUCGUGUCCAAAGUGGCCGAUACCAGUUUCGAUUUGCCCGAAGCCAACGUGCUCAUCCAGAUCUCCUCGCAUGGUGGCUCCCGACGUCAGGAGGCCCAGCGUUUGGGUCGUAUUCUUCGCGCCAAGAAGGGCGCCAUUGCCGAGGAGUACAAUGCCUUCUUCUACACUUUGGUAUCGCAGGACACCAUGGAGAUGAGCUACUCUCGCAAGCGUCAGCGGUUUCUGGUGAACCAGGGCUAUAGCUACAAAGUGAUCACCCACCUCAAGGGCAUGGAUACCGACAAUGAUCUGAUGUACGGCACCCAAGAAGAGCAGGCCCAGCUGCUCCAACUAGUGCUCUCUGCCUCCGAUUUGGAUUGCGAGGAUGAGAAACUGCCUGGAGAGCCGGGCUAUCGUCCGGGUGGCUCUGGUGGCACCACCAAGCGAACUGGCGGGCUCAGUUCCAUGUCCGGCGGCGAUGAUGCCAUCUACUACGAGCAUCGCCGCAAGAACGUUGGCAGUGUGCAUCCUCUAUUCAAAAAGUUUAGGGGUUAGAUGUAAGGUUUUUGUAAAACUGCUGUGAAGCCUGAAUAAAAUUCUUAUGAGAAAUAUUA